UGUAGACUGGAGACCCUAGCCGAAUACUGGCCAAGAUUAUCUAAUCGACUUAUCAACAAGAAUCAAUUGUUUCAAUGUAAUGCGACAAAUGUAAUUAUUGAAUCUGAACCUACUAUUUUGCAAUUUUCCUUGUCCUAUUAUUGCAGGAAAUCGAUAAAUUUUGAUAAAAAUCCAAAUAAAUAAUCAUAACUCUUUUGGGAGCUCUUCCAAGAAAAUGAACCAGCAAAAUCUCACCGAUUCUUCCCUUGCUUGCAAGUUCCAAGUUCCAAUGCCAUCUUCACUGUCUCUGCCCUCAGGCCAACAAUCUCAAUACCUCCAAACCCUCUUAGAUUCUAUACGACCUUUCCUUCGAGGUGAGCUCGAAUCUAUUGACAAAGACUUGCCUGGAUUGAUUGCUGUCCUGCGUUCUGCUGGUGCCGGAGAGUGUUCUCAUAAACAUGGUAGCUUUUUGGAGCAUCUGGUCGACAUAUAUCGUAUUCUAAAGAUAUGGAAAGCACCUGACUGUGUUUGCCUCUGUGGCCUCUUUCACUCCGCUUACUCCAAUGCCUAUGUAAACCUUGCUAUAUUCGAUGCUUCUACUGGGAGAGACGUUGUCCGAGGCCAUGUUGGUAAGGCCGCAGAGCGUUUGAUUCACUUGUUCUGUGUUGUUCCACGUCAGACUAUGAUCCAUGAUAAUCUUUUGUUCAAGUACUUAGAUUCUGAGCUCAUGGAGCACCUUAAUUUGUCGGAGAUAUCCUUGAAGAAUGCGAAGGAAAAGGGUUUAUUCGAUAGAGAAGAAGUUUGGAGGCAGAAACUUCAAGUUCUGUUACCUGAGAAUGGAAUUGUAGUAAAAAAUAUAAAGACAGGUGAAGAUGUUUUGGUCACAAGAAGGGUGAUGGCUGUUUUUCUUUUGAUGAGCAUGGCGGAUUACAGUGAUCAAUUUUUCGGCUAUCAGGAUCUGUUGUUUGAUAACUUUGAUGGACGGUUCAGGUUUUUGGGGAAUAACUAUGCCACUUUAUGGCCUGGAGAUGGCAAGCCCGGGCUGUGGAUGAACUCGAUAUCGAAAAUGGGUGCUGCUUAUUCUCUAAUACUCAGAGAUGAAGGCAUAAUUUUGGAGGAGAGGAUAAGUGUUGGUGGUGCUGAGGUUGAGAAGGACAGAGAUGAGGAAAUUGAGCUUGUGGUACCCCCAGUUUUUGAGAACUGCACAAGGGUUUUGGAUGCUAAGGAACAGGUAGAGGCAAGGGACUUGUAUUGGGAAGCUAUUUGCGAUGGAUCUAAGAGUGGGAUGGAAAGAGCUGAGGACUUGUUGGUAGGGUGCACUGAGAAGAACCCAUUUAUUGGUGAGCCACAUGUUUUGUUGGCUCAGGUUUACUUGAACAAAGGCAGGUUUAAGGAGGCUGAAAAAGAGGCGGAGAGAGGGCUGACUCUGAUGUUAGAGUGGGGGAGUCCUUGGGACAAGAGAAUGUCAUGGGAAGGGUGGAUAGCUUGGGCAAGAGUUUUGUUACUGAAGGCCAAGGAAAAGUCUUGGCCGCAGAGUGCUUGGGGUGUCCUCAGUCUGGGACUUGUGAGGUAAUGCAAUUGCAGCUGCAGUCUUGUUAGUUGUUACUUCAUCAUAUGUGUGUUUUGCCAUCUGCCAUUAAAAAUAUGACGCAAUUUGGAUUUGGGAUUUCUGCUUUGAGGUCGGUUCUAUGUGUUUUUUCCAUUUGUUUUAAAAGGAAGAUAGUAAUGUCAAAUGCUAUGCCGUCCCCUGUUUCUUUGCUUCUUGUCCUUUUUUUAUUUUUUAAUCUUUUCCAACGCAAUAUCAGAAAAUGCUUCUCAUUGAUGUGAAUUUAUUCAGAGUGCUGAAUCUAUUGAAAACAAUUUGUUAUUUCCAAAAUAUAACUUUA